CGCCGCUGCGGGCGGACGCGGGCGCGGCGCGGCGGGGCGGGGCGGGGCGGAUGGCGGCGCAGGGCGCAGGGCCGGGGCCAGGGUCGGCGGCGCAGCCCGGGCUGGAGGCGGCCCGGCAGAAGCUGGCGCUGCGGCGGAAGAAGGUGCUGAGCGCCGAGGAGAUGGAGCUUUACGAACUGGCGCAGGCGGCGGGCAGCGCCAUCGACCCCGAUGUGUUCAAGAUCCUGGUGGACCUACUGAAGCUGAACGUGGCCCCCCUCGCCGUCUUCCAGAUGCUCAAGCCCAUGUGUGCCGGGCAGAGGCUGGCGAGCGAGCCCCAAGACCCUGCAGCCGUGUCUCUGCCCACGUCCAGCGUGCCUGAGACCCGAGGUCAGAGCCGGGUCCGCUGUCCCUGCACCAGUGGCGGAGGUGCCGGGCGGGGAGGGGGCAGGCGCGGCACAGCAACGGUGUGGCCCUGAGUGGCCAGGCCUGUGUGUGGGGUCUUGGCCCGGCACCUGCAGGGCCCAUCCUUGGGCUCUGCCUCGGGCCUCGCUGCUAGCCUUAGCAGGCACAUCCCGGUCAGGUGAGCACAGAAUACAUGCCCCAGGGUGGUCCAGGCGGGCUAGGGCUCUUCCUCUCGGCCCCCUCCCCACCUCUUCACUCAGGCCUUCAUCCUACAAAGUCGGGAAUCAAGACAAUUUGGGGCUGAGCGCUGUGGCUCCCGCCCAUAAUCCCAGCACUUUUGGAGGCUACAACUGGAGGAUCGUUAGAGGCCAUGAGUUUGAGAGCAGUCUGGGUGACAGGGUGAGAUCGUAUCUCUAAAUAUGCUUUUUAAGAGACACUCUCAGUCCCUGUUCUGCGGUAUUAAAGCCUCCAGGAAGUGCCCAAGGAGCAGGGCAGGCAGAGGUCUUCCUGCCACCCCCUGCCUGUACCCCUCCUGGGCCCAGUUCCUGUGCAGGGACUUGGGCAGCCUGGCCAGCUUCCCUCUGAGGAUUGCAGGAAGGGAGUCAGACACAGAACUCCCAGGGUGCAGAGGCCUGCAGGGCCUCCUCCCUCUCCAGCGUGGUGCCUGGGCUGAGCAGAUGCUGGGGCUCAAAGUGUCGUGGUGGAAACUCAGCCCCUGCUCAUCGCUGCUGCAUGCUGCUCCUGCUUCCGACAGCUCUCUGAAAUUCAGCAGAACCUACCAGGCCAAUGGAAGGAGGCCCAGAGCUGGCGCCCUGCCUGGAAGCACGAGGACACCCGCACAGGCAUUCUGCGAAGGGGUGGAGAGCAGGCUGCCUUCAUGGGGGUGUGCCCCAGGGCCUGGGCUCCCAGGCCUCCUGCCCGGGGAGGCCCCGGGCACCUGCGUGCUGGCUUCCUCACUGACCCGCGCUCUGUCUGCUCUCUUUGUGUCUCUCUCUGACCUCCAGAGGCCUCCUUUCUCUCUGCCAGGAACAGUAGCCCCCCUGGGAGGCCCUCCUUUUCCUCCGGCCUGCAGCCUGCGGCCUCUCCGGUUCUGCUCCACAGCCUGGCUGCCACACACUCGCCUCUCUCUCCAGGCCCCCCGGGUUCCCUCCGCCUCUCUUGCUGCCUGUUCUCUCCUUUUG